AACUGCGCACCGUUCUCAUCCCGAGGAUGUCGAGCGCGUCUAAAGUCGCUUUCGGUCUAUGUUGCAUGUCGUCCGUCGGAAUAAUAGGCUACGUGCACUACAAGCAGGCCUACGACAGGGAUCAGCUUCAUCUGGGUGUGAUACGCGACAUCGAGCGACGGGAACGCCGUAAGGCAGAAAAUGUCUACGUUCUGCAGCAGCAGGCCGAGCUAGAGAAGGAACUGCGCAGAGGGGAGGCAAUACGUGAGAACGAUACGUAACGAUUGAAUAGUCGCGUGAUUGUU